UUUUUGGUUUUCAGUGAGUUUUGAUAGUUUUGUGGCAAUAACACACGGAUGCCAACAAGAAACACAUACAAACAUACACGUACGGCAAGAAUUUACGCAUUCGAGUACGUUUCAGCAGUGAUUGUCAUAUUCUGACAGUUUGUUAACAAAUUGCCAGCAUUUAUCGACGAUUUUGUGUGUUUGGUGCAAAUAAAAGAACGAAAGACUUGCAUACAUAGAAACAACAGCGAAAAUGGCGACCUAUAUAAAAAUUUUCAAUGAGCGCAUUUCCGGUCUCUCAAAAGGUGUUGAUGAAACGGUGGAUGGCUGGUUUUUGAUGAGUUCGCCUGGGCCUGUCGCCUCAAUUGUUGCGCUCUACCUGCUUUUCGUUCUCAAAAUAGGACCUGCAUAUAUGCGUGAUCGUAAACCGUACGAUUUGAAGAAAGUCAUGGUUGUCUACAAUGCAUUCCAAGUUGUUUUCUCUAUAUGGAUGUGUCGCACAUCUAUACGGGAAAGUAAUGUAGCCGCCUCAAUACUCUCAAAGAAAUGUGAAAUUGUACGCAACCGCGAACAAAACUUGAUGCUCUACUCCGGCGCCUGGUAUUACUUCUUCUCUAAGAUAAUUGACUUAUUGGAUACCACCUUCUUUGUGCUGCGCAAGAAACAAAAUCAAGUUUCAUUUUUGCAUGUCUACCAUCACACCAUAACAGCACUCUUCUCGUGGGGAUAUCUUAAGUAUGCGCCGGGCGAGCAAGGCGUCAUUAUUGGCAUUCUCAAUUCUGGCGUUCACAUCGUUAUGUAUUUCUAUUACAUGGUUGCUGCUAUGGGUCCCCAGUACCAGAAGUAUCUUUGGUGGAAGAAAUACAUGACCUCCAUCCAACUCAUACAGUUCGUACUAAUUUUGGGCUAUAUGGUUAUGGUUGCUGCAAAGGGUUGCAAUAUGCCGCGUGCGCUCACUUUCUUCUUUGUCGGCAAUACGAUCAUCUUUUUAUAUUUAUUCGGCAAUUUCUACAGAAAGACCUACAAUACAAGAAAGGCGGCUGCAGCAGCAGCAGCAGCUAAUGGACACGCAAACGGUCAUGCAAAUGGUUAUGCCAAGGCUUAUGCUAAUGGUCAUGCGAACGGUUCGAUUGCUGGACGCGCCCUGCUCGCGGCUGCCGGUGGCAUGGGCUGCAAUCCGACGAACUCGCUGCUAGCACAUGGUGAUCAGAUGAAGCGCCUCAUUGAUGUCAAUAAUAAUCAUGUAAAAUUGGCGAAGAGCGAAUAAGUGCCGAUCGCAAGUGGUUGUGGCAAUUGAUGGCAAAGUACAAGUGUGCAGGGGUAAAAAAGAAUAUGGGAAGGGUAAUAUAUACACACAUUAUUGCAAGAUGAUUACAGGGUGUUGAUGAACGAAAGGUCAGCAAAAAUGAUUUUCGCUUUUAAAAAAUCAUAUCCGCAAGUAACACUUUUCAAGGGAAUACAAUUUAAUCAAACCUACAGACCACCUUUUGCGUUAUUCGUCGGAGUAAAAUGUAGAAGCCGCGAUAGUUAAGUUAAAAUAGAAAAAAAAAUUUAAAUUAAUUAAAUUAAAUUUAAUUCAGUUUAAUUUAAUUCUUUUCUUUGCACACAAAAACAUACAAAAUGGAAAAAACAAUGAAUGAACUUUUAAUUCCCUAGUACGCAUCUACACAUUCGAAAUUAUUAAAUAGAAAAUCUUCUAACCAAACAAAAAAGACAAAAUAUAUAAAAAAAACGAAUUGUUAACGUGGUAGAACUUAAAUGAAAACAAAAAAAAACAUAUGGCUAUGUAAAAUUGUGCACAAUUUUCACUUUCGCAAUCAAUAUUGGUUCAAAACAUUUUUUACAAAUUAUCUUUAUUGCAAUAACAAUUAUUUUGUACAAACAACAAAAAAAAAUAUGCACCACAUAUCACAGUAGAAAAAUACACACAUACAUACAUACUUGCAUACUCUAAUAGUGUUAAGUAGACAUAAUUUUUCAACGUAUUUUAAAAAACUUAAAGCAUAUUGUGAGAGUCUAUUGGGUGGGUUUGUUAGUAUUUAGUGUUAUUGCAAAUUAUCAAAAUUGCUUUACUUGCACCUUACAAAACAUGUGUUAGGGAAGAAAACGUUUGAAGUAAAAAAAAAAAACAGACUAACAACUAAAAACUGCACUUAAAAUUGAAUUGCCGCCUCUUCUGUGAUUGUUUGUAUGCGUGCGUGCGCGUGAAUGAGCAAUGUGUAAAUAAAAAAAGAUGUCCAAAACUGGAGUUGUACAUAAAAUAAGGAGUUUCCGAAACUACAAAAUGAAAUCGAAACAAAUUUUUUCUUUUUAACAAAUUUUUUUUAAAAAUUCCAUAAUUUUUGUGUUUUUCUACAUACACAUGUGUGUUUGUAUUCUGAUUAGGGAGCGGCGAAUUCAUUUACAAUAUAUUUACCUUGUAUGUAUGUUUAAUACGUAAGAAGUAAAUAAAUAAAUAUUAAUUUAAGUAUUUCUUAACGAGUUAUAAAUUUUUAUGUAGCACAUUGCUGAAUAUUUUUAUGCUUAUAUGUAAUUUACAUACUAUUUGCUUUGAUAGAAAUAAACGAAAAUUUUACUACAGAAAAUUUAUAAAUAUAAUACGUAAAUA